AUGGAAGACGAUCUCCUGUCCGACGACGGAUCGAAUGCUUUGCUUGACAGUACAGCCUAUACAUGUAUGGAUACAGCCAACCUCGUCUGUCUGCGGGUAAUAAAUGGCUCACGUGUGGAGGUCAAAGGUCAUCGUAUUGAGAGCCAAGUGGCCAUGAAAGCUAGAGGUCGAACUUGGAUCUGUCUGCAGAACUUGGAAGUUGUUCCUGGAGGGGGAGAUGCUGGAAGUCCUGCCCCCCAAAGCCCGAAUGAAUCACCCGAGACUCUCAUAGACGGUAUGCUGGAUAUCAUAGCAGAAAACGAAGGGAUCGAUGGAGAGAACAACCAUCUUGGUGAUCACGGGCACCUUAUCGACGCCGACAUCUAUGAAGAGAUAGAAGGACUUGAAGAAGAUGAAACAAGGAGGAAACGUCGCAACGCUCUCCGUGAUCGAGAAAGUCUAUGGCCCGGUGGUGCAGUCCCUUAUGUAAUCGAUGGGUACUAUAAUAUUAAUCACAAGAAGCAAAUCCUAGCCGGUAUGCAACGUUUUCAUGAGAAGACCUGUAUACGUUUCGUCCCAAGGACCAUCGAAAGGGACUAUAUUUUCUUCACACAAAACUUGGGUUGUUGGUCAAUGGUUGGACGAACCGGUGGUCGACAGAAGAUCUCGCUGUCGGGAACCUGUAGGGGGAGUCGUGGCGUCAUCAUGCACGAGCUCAUGCACGCCAUCGGGUUCAGACACGAACACAACCGACCGGACAGGGAUGGUUAUAUCGAUGUGUACUGGCAGAAUAUCAAAGCAGGAUUCACCACCAACUUCCGCAAGUACAGCAACGACCAGGUGCAGACCCUUGGCACCGGCUAUGACUUCAUGUCUCUCAUGCACUACCCGCUGACAGCCUUCUCCAAUGACGGUAAAUCGGUCACCAUCGGCCCAAGGUACCCGACCUAUCAGAUCGGUGAUGUCGGCAAUCAGAACGACUUCAGUCACAUUGAUAUCUACAGGAUCAACCUGCUCUACAAAUGCGGACAAUGCGAGGAUUCGGAUAAGUACUAUUGUCCGAUCUGGGCGAUGAUGGGUGAAUGUUCGGCCAACAAGGAAUGGAUGACCAAAUACUGUCCUUUCAGCUGUGACAGAUGCACCAUCGCUCUUCGCAAGGGUGACGGACUCGCCUGCAUUGACACCACGUCAAACUGCAAACGUUGGGCUAAGAUCGGUGAGUGUGAACGCAACCCGGCUUACAUGUUGCAGAACUGCCGUCGAAGCUGCAAGCAAUGCAAGGCUAUUGACACUGAGACGGGACAAGAAGAUGAGCUCGCGUGCCAAGACGACAACACGCUAUGCUACGAUUGGGCAACGCUGGGCGAAUGCCGAACCAACUCAAAGUUCAUGAAGGCACACUGUAGACGUAGCUGUCACGUGUGCACUGGCGGUGACGGUAGAAUCAUUAUCGAUACCGAUUCAGAUGAUUGUCAGGAUACGACAAUGGAUUGCGCCCUCUGGGCAGCACAGAACAUGUGCAAGGAUCGGCAAGAGUGGAUGUCCGAACGUUGCCGAAGAACCUGCCUUUGGUGCAGCCACCGAAUCGUGACCAUCACCGACCAGCCCGAUGAAAGCCGAGUGGAUUCCGAGGGCGGGAUCAUCACCGACGAGACAACACGAGCGGGUGACGAGGUCAACCGAGUGGAUGACGAAAUGGGCGUCUUGGGUGACGAAAAUAGCCGAGUGGGUGGCGGAGAAACGAGAGGGAGGAAAGGAGAGAUUGGAGCCAGUGAGGGAGAAGAUUUUGGCGACAGGACAAACGAUGAAAAGAGUUCGGACUCGGAUGGAGGGAGUAAUGUCGAGGGAAACCCGAGGGUGGAAAGUCAAAUCCAUGCUGAAGGAGAACUCUACGGAGGCUCUGUAAAUUCCACAGGUUGGAUUAAACCUCAAGGCUGUGUUGACGAGCAUGAUACGUGUAGUUCAUGGGCUUCAGAAGGAGACUGUAUAAGUAAUCCUGAGUGGAUGGCUAUCAAAUGUCCUGUCAGUUGCGGACUAUGCGGGGAUACUGAUAUCGAACCAGCCUGUGUUGACCGGCAUCGGAACUGUUCAUACUGGGCGAUGAUCGGGGAGUGCGACGAGUACCCGGACUGGAUGCACGUCAAGUGUCCGCAGAGCUGCGGGCUGUGCGGACCGCAACCGACCGCAGAGGAGAUUGAGGCUUGUGCGGAUAAUCACCUGUUCUGCAAACAUUGGGCUAAAACCGGUAGCUGUGAUUCGGGCCAUGUCUGGCUGAGGGUACAUUGUAAGAAGAGCUGUGACUUCUGCUCACUACCAAAACUAAACCCAACAUGCAUGGAUUCCCAGCAGCGAUGCCGGGAGCUUGCCCUCAAAGGGGAGUGCCGGUCUAAUCGGGGCUGGAUGGCCUACCAGUGCCCUCACAGCUGCGAUACAUGCAAGAAACAGAACCGAUUUGAAGAAUGUCGGGACAAAACUCGGCGAUGUCAGCAGUACGCUGCUGACGGCCAGUGCCACACGAGACAGCUGUUCAUGGAAGACGUAUGUCCGUACAGCUGCGGGUUCUGUCGCGUCGGCAAAACUCUACGAAGCGGUCGCUACCGGACGUUCGACCCCGCGUUGCUCGGAGGCAUGCAAACGCAAACCGAACAGAACGGCGCCGGUGCGGGAAACGAACUACUACCGGCGUCGAAGCGACGACCGCAUCAGUCGUUGCGCUCGCGUCUACGACUCUCCAGUACUAGGGUCAACAGCAAUAACAACGUCAACACCAACGAAAACAGCAAUAACAACGUCAGCACCAACGCCAACAGCAAUACCAACGUCAGCACCAACGACAACAGCAAUAACAGCGUCAGCACCAACCAAAACCGCAGAGGGCGGUUCCUCACAUCGAGUGGACAAAAUAACUCACGCGAGUGCAGGGACCGCAACCCCCAGUGCCCGACCUGGGCCAAGACCACCCGAUGCCUCGUCAACCAGGGCUACAUGCAGGAGAACUGCCAACUCAGCUGCAAAUGGUGUCCACCUGUAGAAACCUGUGUUGACAUAGAUGCUGGCUGUGAGAAGUGGGCUCGAGGAGGACACUGCCUAACCAACGAGGAGGGACUCCGUGAUAAAUGUCAGAAGAGUUGCGGACACUGCGGAGAAGUGGAAGAAUGCCGAGACGUCCAUCGAAAGUGCCGUGAGUGGAAGAAGGGAGGUUGGUGUACUCGAAGCCCCCUAUUCAUGAGGAAGUUCUGUGCUCCGAGCUGCGGACUCUGUGACGAAAACAGACAAGGAAACCAGAACGUCACCGUGGUUCAACCCGUACCAGAGACUGCGCCAGUGAAGGGAAAGAAGACCAAACAGACGAAGCAGCCGAGACUCACAAAGCAACAAAAGCUUGAGCAGCAAGAGCAGGAGGCGGAGCAACAACGCGUGGAGCAACAGAUACGGGAGCGACAGCGGCAGGACGAUGGCUACAUCGCGCUGGGUCUGGAGGAAGUCCAGAGGCUGCUGCUCAACACCGACGGGGACCUGACCGCGAAACAGAUCAAAUCACUCAAGAGGGCACGGAAGGCGAUCAAGCAGAGGCAGCAACGGGAGAAAGAGCUCCGAGCUAUCCAGAAGAAGGCCAAACUGAACAACCUCAACCGCGAGACUGAACCUAUCAUAGAUCGACUUGACGAAGCAGCCGUUCGCGAAUGAUAAGCUGAUACCAUCUUUCUUUCUCUUCCUUCAUGACACGACUCAAAGAUUAAAAGUUAGAGAGACAAAUCAUGGUCGGAAUAUCGCCAUGAUGAUGACGAUGAUGAUGAUGAUGACGAUGAUGACGAUACCGAUAUGAUAGCCCAUGGCUCAUUUUUUUAAAGUAAAUGCAGUCGGUUUUGUGUAGAUUAUAUCGCCAGAGAAAGUUUGGUAUAAAAAUCGCAAGAUUAUUACGUAAUGGGUGGUGGAAUUGCAUUAUAUUUAGUGCUGGGAUGUUUGAGGUGUAUUUGUAAUCGUUCAGGUGUGUGUUUAGGUAGGAAGAUUAUACGAAUUUUAAGAAUAAAAUGAUUGAAAUUGGAAUGACAUAUUUUUUCCAUGUUAAAGCAUUAUAAUACAUUUUGGAGGAUUAAAAUGAAGUUCGUAAGGGUUAGAACUAUCUGAAAGAGCGUUUUGUUUCUUGAAUCUUUCAUAAAGAUUUUGCUGUAUGCUUCGAUGCUUCAUUUUCAGAAUCACGAUUACAUACUAAUAGUGAUGAAAGAGUUGCACAUCUGAUACGCAGUGACGAAGGGUCAAAUGUCAAAGGUUGCGGGUCAAACUGUCAAGAUGGAAUUCAAUUGGUACUAUUCCGUGCAAUUUCUGUUCAUCUCAUACUACUUGUCAUAAUGAUAUAAAGUACAUUAAUUUGACUUCAUCUACUGAAAUAAUAAUUUGUGCCCGAACCCAUACUAAAUAUCCCCGACAAAAUCUGUGCAUUUACCUUUUUACUCAGUAAUCUUCUUCUUCUUCUUCUUCUUCUUCUUCUUCUUCUUCUUCUUCUUCUUCUUCUUCUUCUUCUUACUUCUUCAUUAUCACAUUAUCAUUAAUAUUAUUAGUUACAGGAAUUUCAGAGUUUUACAUUUUCUUCUUGAAAUCCAUAGACAUUAAUUUUGUUUAAAUAUUUGUGUUAUUACUUUACUCUCAAAAGCCCAGACAAGUACACUUCAGACCAUAAUGUAUCUUGUAAAAGUUUCGUUUUCUUUAUGAAUUAAAACGAAGGGGAAUUGUCUUGUAUCUUGGAGAAGCUUGACAAAAUUUACUCCCAAAAAGAAUGUAGUUAACCCGUUCCCGUUAUCAAUUUAUGGUUAUGGAGAAAUGGAAACAACAGCAAAAUUAUUGUUAAUUUCAGUUGAACAAAACAAAUAUUGAUUUGUUUUAUUUUGGGGAAUGUAGCAAGGUUGUCUAUUGCUAAUAGAUAGUAUUGUAUAGUUUCAGAGCAAGUAAAAUUAUUUUAUGUACGAUAGAAAAAAAGUUUUAUUACAAAUUUGCAUGUUCAAAGUAUUGUGUAUUUUAAUUUUAUACUAAUGAUAGAUUUUUGAAAUAAACUAAUUUUUUCUGAUAAAAGUA